AUGAGCUUGCCCUGGCUUGAUAUGGAAGAAGCUGAGGGUCGUUGGAGGGCGCUUGAUAGGGUGGCGAGACCAGAGGUUGGGGCCCUAGAGACCAUGGACGGCGAUUUCCAUGAGCUGGAACGCAUGACGCAGCCGGAGCGCAACUACUCCCAAAUUCCCGAGGGGUUGAUGCGGCUGCUAGAGGCACGCCUGAAAGAGGGCAGGGGGCGCAGCCGAGCAAUCAUUGCCCGCCACGUCGACCAUUUCAGCUGCCUGAAGGGCGAGGACAAGGGUUGGGGUUGCGGCUGGCGAAAUAUCCAGAUGUUUCUGUCAAACCUGCUGGCAAACGAGGAGGUGCGGAAAGUGUUUCCGGGGGAGGCGGCUGUGCCCGACAUCCACAGCCUGCAACAAUGGUUGGAGAUUGCGUGGAAGCACGGGUUUGACACUGAGGGUGCUGGGCAACUAGACUGGAAGGUUGUGGACACGUCCAAGUGGAUAGGGACGACCGAGUGCGCCGUGAUUCUUCGGUCAUUAGGGAUCCGUGCGAGCAUCGUGCAGUUUGACGCGUCUGCUGCAAUCAAGGAGCGGGCCAUGGGCGCGAACCGAGAUGCCGAUGCUUUGGAGACGACCGUGGUGACAGGGUCUGGGUACACGGAGGACUUCAAGCGGAUGCGCUGCGCGCGGUGCAAGAAGUGCCCGAUCGGGAAGCACUAUUACCGCUGCACGGUCAAGGAGAACUACAACGUGUGCGGGGACUGCAAGGCCGCGCUCGACACCGAGUUCAACAAGCACCCCGUGAAGCGCCUGAACCACUUUGUGAGGGUGGAGGCGCCCGACUGCGACAGCGCAAGCACGUCCAAGGGCGGGGAGGCGCACUUUGAGUCGGAUCCCAAGCACGGCAUCCGGCACAACAAGCUCUUUGGGUGGGUCUGGCGCUAUUUCACCGAGGAUUUAGGGCUGGAGAAAGACGGUGAGGUCCCAAAGGAGUGCGAGGUGCGCGUGGUUGACAAGCCCCCGCUGUAUUUCCAGCAGCAGGGGCACUCGCGCACGAUCGUUGGCGUGCGCCGGGCGCAGCGGCGGCCAGGGGGAUCCCCGGAAACAUCGCUCCUGAUCUUGGAGCCGUGCGAAGAGACGGAAGAGCUCGCGGCGAUGCUCCGGGGGAGGGAUCCCGCGUGGCGGCGUGUGCUGGAGUUCGGCGAGCGCGAGCUUUGGAAGCCGGUGUAUCAGAUCUGCUAUGUGCGGCCGGGGCUUAUGUCCCAAGAAGAAUUGGAGAAGUCGAAGGUGCUGACGAGCGUCAACUACAAGGAAUGAUUUGUUGGGGAGUGCUGGCUAGGGUUAGGUUCGGACAGGUUAUCUGCGCACGCAGCCCGUGCACGCAGUUCAAACAGUAGUGGAACCGUCGCUCGCAGGGGUCGGCGGUGGUCAAUAGGGCUGCCUGCGCUAACCCGUUUGCUCGCUUUUUUAUAGUUAUGAAGCGCUUAGUCCUUCAACAACUGAUCUACUGUCCAUGUGAGCUUUUCAUCCAAGUGCUGGAACGUCCGCCGUACUUAGAAUUGCUUCCUUGACAUUAUUGGCUUGUAGUUGCUGGCAGCACGCACGUGUGAUGUCUGGCAGCUGCUGUGGUUCUGUCACACACACGAGAUCAGUGUUUAAAGACUUGACGUGACAGUGGUUGGCACAUUAGGGAUCAUGGAAGUCGGAAGGCCACGAUGACAUUCUGAAGCUGCCAGUGUUCGUGUAUUGCAAAGAGC